AUGGCUUCAGGGUCAGCGGGUAGUGAACAGAAAGAGGUCAGCCUUUGUCAAAAAGAGGGUUUUGAUCAAGAGGUCGGUGAUUUAUCUGCUAGUAUCAAGAGGUUCUUCAUCUCGUCCGACUUCUCCGACCUGACCAUAUGCACAGCGGACCAAGAAUUCAAAGUCCAUCGACUGAUUGUCUGUGGGCAAUCUGCGUAUUUUUCCCGGUUGUUCAAGGCGAAUUGGACGGAAUCCGUCGACAACAAGAUUCAACUCAGUAGCGAUGAUCCGCGCGCCGUAGAAGCAAUGAUCCAUUUCAUGUACGGAUUCGAGUACGACAGCAGCGGUAGCGACCUUGGUCGCGUUUCACCCAUGCUAUUCAAUAUCAACGUAUAUCAAGUUGCCGACAAAUUUGGGGUUCCACAGCUCAAGCAGAAGGCCAAGGACAAGUUCGAAACCAUCGCCAGGACAUGCUGGGAUAUGGACGACUAUCCUAUAGCCAUCUCGGAGGCAUACCAACGUACCCACAAGGAAGACAGGGGCCUUCGCGAUAUUCUUGUGAGUAUUUCCCGUGAACAUCUUGACAAGCUGCUGGAGAAUGAAGAUUUUCGGACGGUACUCGAGGAGGUUCUGGGCUUCGCAGCCGACCUUGUUCAACAUCCAACGGGUAAUAACGGGGUCACGAAAUACCGCUGUCCAAGUUGUAAGCUUAAGUGGAUGCUGGAAUCUUCUGCUGGCUCAAACUAUAUGUGUCCAAAGUGUGGAUCGCAAUAUAGUUGGAAUAGCUACAUUGUCAAAACUUGA